AUGGAGGGAGCAAAUGUUACGUCGUACCCUGGAGGGGAGCCCCUCAACGCUUCCAGCGGCAGGAACGCAUCUCAGGGAAGCCUCCACUGGGAAAUCCCGAUUGUGCACGGUGUGAUCCUAGGCGUCUCCCCACUGGGAUUUGUGGAAAAUGGGGUUCUCCUCUGGUUCCUCUGCUUCCGGAUGAGAAGGAACCCCUUUACGGUCUACAUCACGCACCUCUCCAUCGCCGAUAUCUCCCUGCUCUUCUGCAUCUUCGUUCUGUCAGUGGACUACAUUUUGGAUUUCGAGCUCACUCCCAGCUAUUACUACACGACCAUCCCCUUGUCGGUCACUUUCCUGUUUGGCUACAACUCUGGCCUCUACCUGCUGACAGCCAUCAGCGUGGAGAGGUGCCUCUCUGUCCUAUACCCCAUUUGGUAUCGGUGCCAUCGCCCCAAGCACCAGUCGGCCUGCGUCUGUGCCCUCCUGUGGGCACUCUCUUGCCUAGUGACUGUCACAGAGUACGCGGUGUGCAUCACCCACUCGCAGAGGGACUUCUCUGGGCACUGCCAGGCUGUGAUCAUCUUCAUCGUCAUCCUCAACUUCUUGGUCUUUGUGCCACUCAUGUUGGUGUCCAGCCUCAUUCUGGUAGUGAAGAUCCGCAAGAACGCGCGGGCGCCCCACACCUCCAAGCUCUACAUCAUCAUCAUUGUCUCCAUCAUCGUCUUCCUCAUCUUCGCCUUGCCCAUGAGGCUUCUGUACCUGCUCAAUUUCCAGGAUUGGUCCAUGUUCGGGUAUUUGCACCACAUCUCCCUGCUCUUCUCCACCAUUAACAGCAGCGCCAACCCUUUCAUCUACUUCUUCGUGGGCAGCAGCAGGAAGAGGCGGUUCCAGGAGUCCUUAAAGGUGGUCCUGACCCGGGCUUUCAAGGACGAGACCCAGCCCCAGCGCCAGGCGGACAGAAGCCAUGUGGCCAUGAUCGAGACCAUCCUCUGAGCCUGAGGAAGAGAACCAGGAGUUUGGAUCAGGAACCCCGAGCACUCCAGACCGGUGCUGAGAGGAGCAGGGAGGUUUUUCUCACCCCAGGGCCAGAUACCUCAUCCCACACGCAUGUGACCUGAAUCCCGCCAUGGGUCUCUUGGUGCACUGUGUCCCCAGACAGUGCUGCAUGCCCGGACCCCUGGCUGGCUUCUGGACCAAUCACAAAACCCUGCCUGUGCCUCACUGACUCUUCCAGCUUGCUUUCCCAUGGACAAGCACACCACCUCCAAUAGGAAGGCUUCCGGGUGUGUCCCGGAAGUGUGAGGAGGUGUGAUGUAGUGCCAACAAUGAAGGUUUGG